UUCGAAAUGCGAUACCGUUCCGAAGAUUCGACAUGCUCGAGAUCCAGUUUAUGACUAUACACGUAUUGAUCUUACCUAAAGUUCAAUAUAUCGGAUGUCGAUUAAUCCGCCAGGCCAAUUUGUUACCUUCUUCUUCUUCUUUUUCUUCCUCGCUGGCUGGGCCUCACCGCCGUCGUCGUCGACAUGGAACAUCAAAGCUUGGUUCAUGGUUCUAGCCUUUUCUUUUUCCCUCCCCAAUGAUUUUUUUUUUUUUCUUUUCUGUCACUUGACCUCAGACAUCCUCUGCCUCCGCAAAUGCUCAACCCCUCAACCCAGCAAUCGCAAGCGAGCUACUGCAGCAGACUUGGAGUCAAUUUCAUUUUUUUUUUCUUCGCUCCCCGUGAUCUUCGGUGUCUCGCUCGCUUCAAUCCGUUUCUUGAAUCGCUUCUUCGGCACACCCUCCCUUCCCGCUCAUUCGUCCGUCCGUCCGUCUGUCCGUUCGUUCGCCCGCUCAUUCGUUACCUGUAGGUAGAGGUAGGUAGGUAUCUUUAUCCCGUCCGCAACAUUAAAUUGCCUGUAGGCAGGUAUCUUCUUGUAUACCUCCAGGUAACUUCGAAACAUUUAGCAAAAUUAUCACCGA